AUUUCAGAUUUUUUGGCGUGUGUGUGCGUGUGUGGAUAGUUGCUGAUUGUUUCGAUGUGUGAGGAUUAUAUCUCGUGUGAUAAACAUGGCGACUGGACAUGCAGUGAGUUCAACAAUAGAGAGGAUCAGAAGUCAUCUUGUGUGCAACAUCUGCCAAGAGAUAUUUAAACAGCCUAAGACACUGGAAUGUCUGCAUAGCUUUUGUGAGCUAUGUUUGCUUCAAUACUACAAGGAAUAUAAGGGCCCGACAAAUAUUCCUUGUCCUGAGUGUCAACAAAAGACGAAACUUCCUCAGUUGGGGGUAAAAGGUCUGAAAACAGACCUUCGUUUGGUUAGUCUAGUUGAAGAGCUUGAAUCGAAAGAUGUAGUAAUGAGAGAGGUGACAUGGACAGAGAGUGACUUCCUCCCACUUAAUCCCGCAGUAGGCAAAGAAUUGGGCAUGUUAGCCAGGCAGUUGAAUGAGGAUGAGGAUGUUGGUGACCUUGAUCUUGGAAAGCUAGUGUUGGAAGACAUGUGGGAAAUUUGUCUUGAGUUUGGUAGAAAGGGAAGCGGUCCAGAAGAGUUUAAUGGGGCUUGGGGCAUCGCUGCUCGUAAACCUAAUGAGAUUGCAGUGACUGACAUCUCCAACAAACGAGUUGUUAUCUACGGCAUCGAUGGGAAGCAGAAAAGCACGAUCCAAAGGGAAUCAUGUCCAAGCGGCAUCGCAGCUACGCGUGCCAAUAAUCGCUUAGUGGUUGUUGAGGAACAAAAAUACAAUGUAAAGGUCUUCAACAGCGACAACACUCUGGCAUUCAAGUUCCUCACAGUACCGCUGAAUGAAAUCGGUAAGACCGCAGUGGAACUCAAGAGCGUUGCAGUCAAGAGUAAUGGUACCAUCGUAGUGGGUGAUGUCAGAAGAAUCGUGUUGACUGAACAUAGCCCCACUGAUGGUAAGCUCCGACGUACCAUACCAGUCAAGAUUAAACCUUACUUUCUGGCUGUUGACAGGUAUAAUCGAUUUGAAAUCAGUGAUAGAUCACAGGCAGUCUAUAUUGUUGAUGGUAAUGGUACUACAAAACGUACCAUCAAACCAACCAUCAAUGGUCAGCCAGUAAAACACGCCAAUGGUGUAUGCAAUGAUAGCUCAGGUAUCUAUGUUACCAUGCAUAAUUCUGAUCACAAUGGCCACAUCCACCACUAUGACCCUCAAGGUAUCUUCCUCAAGUGUAUCGCACAGGGUCUGCUCUUUCCCGUUGGGAUAUUAUCCACGUCAGAUAUGCAGCUGGCAGUAGCUGAUUACUACUCAGUUAAGAUGAUUUCCCCCCGGUGCGGUACAUUUAAGUGCGACAAUGAUUGUUGUAAUGCUUGCCAGGUCCACAUCAAGGAAUCUCACUCUUUUUAUGGCCACUCUUCUGGCACAACUCACAGCACCAUCGGCAACAUCACUUGCGGCACCUCUAAUGUCAUAUACCUCAUAUCUUGCAGAGUUUGUGGAAUACAGUAUGUUGGGCAGACAAAGAGCGCGCUGGACAGAUGUUUCAUUGGCCAUCGAGCAAUGGUCAACCAGAAACAACUACAGGACCCUGUCGGUGACCACUUCAAACUCCCUAAACAUUCAAUUUCUGAUAUGAUGUUACAGGGCAUAGAGUCACUUGGCUGUUGCGAGGAUCUUUCAUUUCGUCUUAGCAGAAAGAAAGAAUGGAUGAAGCGUCUUCGGACUGUGACACCGCACGGUCUCAACACACCAUCUGGCAACGAUUAAUGUUUUUUUUCCUUCCAGUGUCAUUUGUUUCAGAUCCUUCGCCACCCUCUCGGGUUUUAUUUUUUCCGUGUUGCCCUCCUUUUUUUUUUAUGUCAUCCUUUAUCGUCAUCCAGUUUUCCCCUAUUACCAACCCGCCCAAAGUUGGUGGCAUUGGUGGUUUGUGCGGAAAAACCUCGCCUCUCACCAAGGUGACCACGGUUUGAUUCCUGGCCGCAGAUCUUGGCCUUGCCACAGGUCACUUAAUGUUUAAAUAUGAUUUUUGAGUAAUUUGUAUUUACAGUUACAUGAAUAUUUAUAAACGUCACACGCAUUUUUUUUUGGCUGAAACAUGUUUUGCUUCAUCUAUACCAAUUUCUUUGAUAUAGAUGAGGUCACCUUUUAAUAAGGUCACCUUUUUAAUUACAUUUUUCUUUUCAUUUACCUAUGAUUCUGAAAACUGAGGUUCAUGAUCGUGACUCGUGAUACCGUGACUACACAAAAUGUAGUCUCUUCAGAAAAUUACAUUCGUUAUUAGACCGCCAAGUAGCGAAAACAAAUCUAACACCAAUGACAAAAAAGAUGAGUACUAACAAAACACUUAACACGUUCCAACUUUUUUUGUUUUACUAAGGUAGAAAUAGCACAGGAUUUUUAAAGUCAGCUUUUGCGUAUCGGUUAAAAUCAAGCAGGCUCUGAUUUUUUUAAUCUAGUAUCACGAAAGUUGGUUAAAAAACGUAAUUAAAAGGUUCACAGAAAUACAUUUUAAAUUUUCACUAAAAUAACUUUUAACAUUUCUCUCGUCAUCGUGUGUAAAUGAUUUACUUGUCCAAAUCUAACUAGGCAUUAAGUAACAACAAUUAGCUUAUAAUGUGCAGUUUGUUGUGCAUACAAAUUGUCAACGUGUCGAAUAUAAAAAUAAAAGGUGUAUUUUACUUUAGGUGGUCUAGCAAAAUGAGACACAACUGGGCAGAAUUCGAAAUAAGAAUUUGUAAACAGUAAGAAAGAAAAUAAAACUUAACAUAAAUACAAAGCUUUUAUUAAUGCACUGAAAUCGGAAAUCUGUUAACAAUUUAUGGCUGUUCAAAGUUCGCAAUAAUUUUAUCAACGUGUCAAAAAAGUACUCUCCUGAUAAAAAUUGAUAACGCAGUUCUGCUGUUUUCUAGUCUUGAAUUUGAAAGAUGCCAUUUUCCCCUUAAAAACACUUAUACAACGAUUUCUAUAAUAUAGCCUUUUAAAAGAUAUAUAGUGGAUAUAUCAAAGAUUACGAACGUCAUUUCAUUUGAAAAUCGAAAAAACAAUA